AUGCCUGCAGAAAUUUCAAGAUACUGGGACUCUUUGGAAAGUGCAGAAUACCUGGAACUAAGUCAACCGAACUUGCUGCAACGCAUGCAUACCCCAUCGAAACUGGACAAUUCCCAAAAGCAAUGGCUGUCGGAACUGAGCAUCUCUGCAGAAAAUGAGUGCCAGUCAAUUCUCUAUGCCAAGUCGCUGCUCAACGAUGUAAAUGGUUCGGCUCCUCUCGUACAGGAAGUGCUACCUUUGUCAAUAACGCCGAGCGCAGCAUUCCGGAAAAGGUGCAACUCGCUCUCCUCUUCCACUGGCAGUCCGCCCGCUUCGCCGAAACUCCACAAAACCACCGAUCGCCCUAGACGUACUGAAAGUGGAUCAAAUGGCAUCACUAUAUUUCCGCACUUCACUCCUGUCUACCCCACACUUGACCUCAUAGACUCCUAUAAGUUCCGAGAGGAUUAUUCAACCAGAUCGGAUUUGAACAAUGGACACGGUAGCUGCAUCCAUCUGAAUGGAGGUCAGGAAUACCCGAAUUCUGAACCGUCGCUAACGAAAGUGUUUUCUGCAGGAUUCUCAUGGACGCCGCCCGGAUUCAAAUGGGUUGCCAGCUCACCUACUGAACCUAACAAAUCUAAUAGUGUUUGCUCCAGGCACCCUCCUUCUUACGAGCAGCUGCAAAUCAUAGUGGAACGGGAUGGUUCCACUCUACGCGUAAUGAGAAAGAAGCCUCCAUUGCACCUUAUGUUGCCAGUCAAUGAGGAACAAACGAGACAAUACAGUGAGAUAAGCCAGCAGCUGUCAGCAGAGGUCUCAAGAGUUCCACACCACGCCCCUUCUUCGCCCAAAAGCAUGCGUUCAGACAGCACACUUAGUGUCGACUCAGGCCAGUGUUCAGGAGAUGUGGCACUUACAUCGCAGCACUCCUUUUCUUCAUCUAGGGAGGAGAGAGAGGAGAAAGAGGAUACAUCGUCCAUCUUCCACGUCUACCAGCAGCGAUGCCUUCCUGGAUAUGCUCGCAUCGCCAGUACUAUGGAUCACAUACUGAGAACAGCUUCCUCAAUAUAUGCGCUGAUAUCGGGACCAUUCAGUCCCUCCACUGCAAGGGAUCUGCUGACGAAGACUAGCGUUUUCAUUCAGAUUGUCGAGACCAGUCCUUGUGGGCAGCAUCUACCACGAUAUGAUAUGAAUGUAGUGAAGCUACAACUGAAUGACAUUCAACGUGAGACAACCGAUACAGGCCUUCCAUUGCACAUCACAAAUUACUUUACCAUUGUUCUGCGGAAGAUGGUUGAACAAGUACUAUAUAUAUUUUGUAAGAUCAUUACGAGAUAUCUAACAGAAUGCAGUUGCAAAGACCGCCUAGUUCUCAUCGCUCUCGAACAUCUUAUCCAUUUAGUUCUUUUUGGGGAUGAGCUUUGCUUGGAAGUUAUACAGUGCGGCGGGCUUAACUCUGUGCUGAAGCUAGUUCGGCAAGCCUCCACUCCGCCUGACACGUCUAGACUGCUCAUGCGAGCAUUGGCAGUUCUUUGUAGUGUCUCUAAAGGAUGCUUGUCUUUGUUGGCGUUAGGAGGACUUGACGUGGUUCUGUCUUGUCUGUCUGGUGACUAUAUCGCAACAUCAGUCGAAGCCGCCGGAGUCCUCACGCAGCUCACAAAUGUACAGCACUCUUUCAUUCAACUGCAUAAUGUAGGACCAAUUUUGAACAGGCUAUUGGACCUCAUCGAUUCAUGUAAUACUGGUGAAACUCUGCUUUUGGUUUCAGCAGCUUUGUCAAAUGUCUCUUUGCAGGAUCCACAGUCUGUUGACGUGCUCUAUCAGAAUAGCGCCAUUGUCCGACUCGUAGAUGCCUACAAUAGACAAGACUGCUCGACCAUCUUUGUGCAGGAACAGAUCGUGACAGUUUUAUCGCGACUGGCUGCUCGUCGCUACGAAGAAGCUCUCGUCUCACAAGGCGCAGUCCCCGUGCUGCUUGAGAUGCUCACUGUGACUGACAGUCUUCACUCCGAUUACUGUCGACGUAUCAGAUACAAGGCUGCCAUCUGCAUCGGGACCCUUGCAGCCAGCGGAGUCGGGCUUAAAGCUCUUUAUGAGCAUGAAGCUUAUGCGAUACUCACUCAUGUUCUGGAGAUGGAAAAUUCGCCUGCAAAUCCUCUCAACAUGAUCUGCACGAAUAUCCUUUAUCGGCUGGAGAGCAAAUAUCGAGUUGAAAGCGCAGUUUAG